ACGCUGCAGGCAGCUGCAGGUGUGGACGGUCGCUGGGGUUUUUUCUUUAUUUGUGUGUGUUGGACGUAGCUCGCAGGCUCAUGCCACGACGUUUGGUCGAACUGCAGCGGGUCCUGGUGCAGGUCUGGGUGUGAACCCCGUCUGUGUGGCUCCCUGUCGAGAUGUCGUCGGCCGAACACGACGGAACCUUCAGUCAGCUCAAUAAGUUUGAGAAGCUGUCGUGGAGGCCCUUCAUCCGCGACACAGGCUCCAAGAAGCGGGCACGGUGGCUUCAGGCCAGGCGCAUCUUCUCCUCUUCCUGCUCCAACCUGCGGAUCCCCAACAGAUUCCUGAGAGAAGGACACUGCGUACCCCCUGCCCGGAGCGGACAUCGCUGUGUUGCAGACAGCGCCAACCUCUACGUGUUCGGAGGCUACAACCCAGACUUUGAGGAGGCAGGCGGCUCAGAGAAUGAAGACUACCCUCUUUUUAGGGAGCUUUGGCGCUUUCAUUUCGGCACAGCCACGUGGCAGCAGGUCCGCACCGAGGGUUACAUGCCCACAGAGCUGGCCUCUAUGUCAGCUGUUUUACACGGCAACAACCUGCUUGUGUUUGGUGGCACUGGGAUUCCAUUUGGUGAAAACAACGGCAAUGACGUCCAUGUUUGUAAUGUUCAGUACAAACGAUGGAACCUGCUCAGCUGCAGAGGGAAGAAACCCAACAAGAUCUACGGACAGGCGAUGACCAUCAUAAACGGCUACCUCUAUGUGUUUGGAGGGACAACGGGCUACCUUUACAGUAUCGACCUGCACAGGCUGGACCUGACCACAAGAGAGUGGACCCACCUCAAACCCAACAACGCACCCUCAGAUCUACCUGAGGAGAGGUACAGACAUGAACUAGCUCAGGAUGGACAGAGAAUAUACAUUUUAGGUGGAGGGACUUCCUGGACGUCGUAUCCCCUGGACAAGAUUCACGCAUAUAACUUGGAGACAAAUUACUGGGAGGAAAUAGUCACUAAGCCUCAUGAAAAACUAGGGUAUCCUGCUGCCCGCCGGUGCCACAGCUGUGUGCAGGUCAAAGAUGAGGUGUUUAUAUGUGGGGGCUAUAAUGGAGAGCUAAUCCUCUCAGACCUGUGGAAAAUCAACCUGCAGACUUUUCAGUGGACUAAGCUGCCCGCCGUCAUGCCAGAACCAGCCUACUUUCACUGUGCUGCAGUCACUCCGGCUGGCUGUAUGUACGUCCACGGCGGUGUCGUCAACAUGUCUGGGAACAGGAGGACGGGCUCUUUGUACAAAGUGUGGUUGGUGGUGCCCAGCCUGCUGGAACUGACCUGGGAGAAACUGCUGAAAACAUUCCCUCACGUAGCCCAGCUGUCCACCCUUCAGCUGUUCAGCCUGGGACUGACACACACACUAAUUCAGCGGCUCAAGUAGGCGGCGGCACAGAGGCGGAAUGAAGCGGUACGUGAUGCAACGGCACAGACUCUGAAAUCGCUGAUAGCUUGGCAGAGAAGUUCUUGAAAGGACAAACAGAAAUCUGAUGAUGUCAGACAGCUAUGAAACAACUUUGAAUGCCUUUUAAAUUUAGUCUUCUGUAAAUGUGUGUGCUUUUCAUGGAAAAAAGUGCUGUGUUUUGAGUUUCUCUGUAUGUUUGCACGCAUCCAUCAGAAUCCGUGCGUCCACCUGUAUGCUGAUUUCCACUCCCAGGGGCUCACUCUUGUCACUUUGGAUCCACUAUGUUGUGAGCCCCCCGUUUGUUUUUUGUUUUUUUUAUUUUAGCACGUAUCCCUGUCAGAAACUUGAGCAGCAUGAGCAUGAAUAGUUAAAUGUUCCAAAGACCACUUAUUGAAAUGCAAAAUGAAUGUUGCUUCUGCGAGAGAUCAGCUUGUUUCACUGUAGCUGACAUGACUGCUGCCAUCUUUGACCACAUCCAGUCAGCUGCUGCUAUGCUCACUAUGACUCAAAUAGUGAUGAAAUAAACUUAGAUUUCCAUUUAAUUAGUUAGAAAUCAGCCAUACCUGUGAUACCUCUCAGCUAUGUAAUAAGGUCAAUUACUUGCAGAAUCAUGUUUUAGCCUCAAGGACUCCCUGAUUGCAUGCUUGUCCCGAGCUGUGGUCAUAACUCGACUGUUCAAAUUGAAAGAUGUUCCCUUCACAUUAGGCCUUGUGAUCAGAUCUUUAAAACAUCUGUGACAUGGCAUCACUGUGAAUCUCCUUGUGCCUCUUCCAUUAUUCUUCAUCUUUUUGGAGAAAUGGCAUCAGAAAUGAAUUUUUACACCUGUAGCUCCACAGUGGUUCUCGAGCCUUUUUAUUUAUUCAUUUGGUGCCUUCUGAAGUUCCAAAAUGCCACACUCAUUGUUGCUAUAUUUAUGUAAAUCAGUCUCUUUUUUUUUUAGAUUUUUAUUUGUACAUAACCCUAAACUGUGUACAUGUAGCCUUUUUUCGCCCCCCAUGUGAUUUGCUGGUGCUUUCCCCAUGAGCCUUUUGUUGCUGAACCUUUUUGCUCAUGAUUAAUCAGGAGGUGCCCCUUGCAGCUAAAGAUUUGUCUUUAACUUAAAUCCACAGAGAUAUUUUUUACCUAUUUAUUUUAAUCGGUGUGCUGCUGUUUUUAAUUGUAUCAUAAAACUUUGAAUCAUAGCAGGUGUUGCUACAUUUCUUUUUCACCUGCUUUGAUUGAUGUUUCAGUUCCCACUUCAUGCCUAAACUCCAUUUAAAACCUUAUACUGUAACAGGCUGUAUUAUUAUUAUUGUCCUUUUUAAUUUUUUUUUAACUUUUGGUCUUGUUCUUCUGGAGAAGUAAUGCUGUGGUACUUUGUGGCAUGGGACUCUUGUAACUAGCAACAAGGUAGAGUCGGUAAGGCGUACUCAGGAUGUUAAAUACUGUGAUCAGACUGAGUCUGUAGAGCGCCGCAAACAUUCAGCAAAAUGUCAACAGACUCAUAUUUGUGAACCCUGAUGAAAUGAAAUCUUUUGUGGUUCCUGUUGACUGUUAAGCUCAAAUACUGUAGUAAUAUUUUCAGCUGCUUGUGUCAAGUCACACGUUAGCGUCUUUUUUCCCCCCGUUUUGUCAACCCUCUGUCUGAAUUUGAAUAUCGAGUAUCUGCAGCAUUUUAUUUAACACGUUCACUGUAAACUAAUAUUAAGCUAACUCGUCUAAUAAUAAUGAUGCCUCUUUCACAUUCAGAACUCCACCUCAGUUACUUUUUGUCAUGUUAUGGCCUUAUUUAUAUCCUACUGUGAAGCAGCCUGCUUCAGUACAUGCUCGGACUUGGUAAAUGUACUACCUUGCUUAAGAUUGAGAUGUUUUCUAUUUGCAUCAUUUUUGAUGUUAAAAUGCUCUCUCUUGCAUGUCGGUAUGGUGUGCAUGUCACUUUACAUAGUCUCUUGGGAGAAAGUGUGAAUGUCUCCUCAACGGGAAUUAUGGCUGUAAUGUACAUUGUUUUAUAAUUCCUGUUUGUACAAACAAUAAAAACACAGGCAGCCAGUUUUUCAAAACACUGUAUUGACAGAUAUCGUCAUUGUUCUUGCGAAGCACAGCCAGCCAUGCCACAUUUUCCAACAAGAUAUGCUGCCAGUUUAUUAAAAUAAUAUUACUUCUAUAAUGAACUCUGACAGACAUGUACCAUUUUUAAAAGUAUGCAAAAUGUAUUGUAAAAUUACCUUUAAACAAAAUUGCUUUAGUGCAGAUCCUUGACAUUAUAACAUCCAUUCAAAUUGUAAAAAUACUACUUUUCUUUCUGUCACCACAUGUUAACAAAGACCGUAAGAAGUUAUUAGUCUAAGGACAUAGUUCAAUACAUUAGUUUAUAGACUGUACAUUUUACAGUAGUAGGAGUGAUAAGUACCUACCUGAGAUUAAAAUAUACAGUUUUGUCAUUUGUAUAGUUUUGGAAACAGCCUAAGAAAACGUAAUAAAAGGUCCAGGUCAGGAUUCACACAUGGGCAUUUAGUAAUAAUCCUGUCAGGAUAAAAUCUCAUCAAGAGGGGUGGUAUUAAAUUUACACUUUCUGAGCCCUCCAGGCUUUAAAAAAAAAAAAAAAAGUAACUGAAAAGCAUCAGUACCAUCGUCAGCAGCCAGCUGGAGACGGAGCAAAGUAGUACAGAGCCAGCAGAAUAAGGUAGAUGACCACCAGAGCCGUGCCUGAGAGGAAAAGAAGACAGGAAAUGACACUGAUCGUAAGAUUGACAUGUCAAUGAGGCAAACAAGAUGGUAUUAUACCAAACCACCACACUGGAUUAGUAUGUAUCAGUUCUUAAAACUAACUACAUAAAGUACAUGGUUAAUAUUUGGAAUCAUAAUGAAAUUAUAAUUUCAACUCUUCUCAACCAACUCGUGCAGUUCAUCUUCUCUGUAUUCAGUGUAAUAUCUGGAGUCGUUUCUUCCCUCCCUCUCCUGAUUUGUGUUUUAUUUUUGUUUUCCAGUGUUUUUUCCUCUCCCUGAUAGCAAAAAUAAAGACUUCGAAGCUUUGGUUCAGGACUUUUCUGCUCAUAAUAUUGAUGAGUGGAAGGGUGUUUCCUCUACAUUUUAAAGUAUGGCACAUGUUGAGACUGCAGUUUCUACUUUGGGACCUUUUUACUCACCCUCCUGCCCCCCAAUCUCAACCAGUCCGUGCGUUGUGGCAAAUGUAAUUUAUUUUGGAUCGUCAUUUUCAUGAGGCAUCUCAACACAUUUGUGCUGUUUGUAAUGGCUAGCCAAGACCACUCAAGUUGUCAUUAAUAGCAGUUUCUUAUAUUUCCAAUUGACAUAUUUUAUACUGAAUAAAAGACUCAAACGAUACAGUUUCUGCUAACGUGAGUUAAUCAUGUGAGGGCAAAAGAGCAGAAGGAUUCACCUCAAAAUUUUCUCUAACUUAAU